GGAAGCGAAUGUUUGCCAUGAACCAAACUUUUUGGAAUUUGGAUGAAACAAAGUCCCUCAACAGCUGCUGAAUAAAGACCAUGGCGACUUCAUUACAUUUUUUUCUUACGAGACGAGUUUUGAAUUAAGACCGACGCGUUGUGUAACUUAGCCAUAAAUAAUUAUUAGUAUUUUUACGAGAGAACAAGCAAACAUCUGGCCAGACCUAUAAAUUCGUCGUUGUUCCUAAUAUUAUCUCCUUAACGCCUUAAGUGUUGUCUUUUGUCGAUGUUAAAGUGUUUUCUUUUAUGUUUCGUUUUCCUAUCGUCUUUCACUUCACACAUGGGGUCGGCAUAUUGAGUUUCGGCAGGAGCUUCUUUUUAGAGACUAAGCUUUUCUUUAACCACAGUCGGAUCUUUUGACAGCUGUAUGGAGUAAAGAGUAGGAACAUUCAUCUGUGGUCCAUCUAAAUCAUGUUUAAUAUGCGGUACAUCUCAGAACACAAUGUUUAACUCGUACAAGUCAGAAUUCGACCGAAAGUGCGUGGACUGCACCCUCAAACUCACAGACACAGACAGGUUGUUGAGGACGGGGACCCUUGUAAAGGAAAUGUUAUCCAAAUCUAAAUAGCAUUACACAGAAGGGAGAUGAAUGGCAUACAUAAAGGAGCAGCUGAACUGUGCAGAGAGGGCGACAAAAUAUUGCUCUCUGGGGACGCUGGCAGAGCUGCAGCUCUGUACACCUAUGCUUUUGGAAAUAAUGCCGGUUCCACUGUAGGACACAUGCGUGGCCUUAACGCAGGUCAUUUAGAGGAGGUGAUCUCAACGCUGGAGGCCUGGCUUGAUGGCGUUUCAAACAAUUCUAUUGAGGGCCUGAGUAAAGGUCUUGUUGCUGUAUUUCUGUCUACAUUAUGCCCCAAUAAUGUGUCUGCUUCUCUUUACAAAAUGGAGUCUGUCCUGCAGGGUACAGGUCAUGCUUCAGAUGAGAUCUUUGCACGGUGUUCUGCUCUUCUAGAGGGAAAACAAAUGCCUCAACCUGAGGGUCGCACAAGAUUAAUUCUGGAGCUAACUAGAGCUCUGGCCUGCUUGCUCUCUGACACACAAAAUCCCAAAGUUCCUCACCUUUAUCUGCAGGCCUUUCAUGGAAAUAAAUCAGAAACUAUUAGACUAGUUAAAGAAAGGCAAACUCAAUAUGUGAAGCUAUUAAUUAAAGCCUUUUACCAGCAAAUAUCUCCAAGAUAUUCCAUUCUCCAUACUAAGGGGCAGAUGGAAAAAGCAUUUAGUCCUACACAAGCAAGUGAAGACAUCGAUGUUCUUAAAGCUGUUGAGUUUUUACUUGCCAUUGCACCAGACGACAUCCAAGUAAGAGAGCUUCAAGCAGCAGUCUUGUUUUCAUCUGAAAAUUUCAUAGAAAGUGCAGAAGCUUUGUCGUUGGCUCUUAAACUAGGUGAAUCACAGACUGAACAUGCAAUGGUGCCAGAGAAAAGAGCUUGUUUACUCGUGGGGAGGGCAGCUGCUCAUUUUUCUGCAGGAGGACGAGCAAGAGAAGUCUGCAAAGAUCUAGGUGACGGCUUUGGACUUCAUCCGGCCACAGCAAGACAGCAAUUUCAGAGUCUUUUCUCGGACACUGGCGUAGGGUUGGCUGCUCGCAUCCAGCUGCGUCAACAGGCCGAGAAGGGUGUCUCAGAGUUCAGAGAGGCCGUUCUAAUGAGGCCUGACCUUAGGUCUUUGAAAGGAGUGGAGAUGUUGGAUCCCGUUAUCGCUCAACUGCGAGCUCUAUGCCACCUGGAGUCAGACGGAGGAGGCAGGGAACUGCGUGUGCGUCUGGCAGACUGCCUCCUCCUGCGUGGAGAACAUAGAGAAGCCCUUUCCAUAAGUAGCCAGCUCGCCGCUGCAGCUCCAGCCCAGCAGAGCUACCAGAACACAGUGCAAGUGCUCAGAGGGUAUUCCCGACUAUUCUCUGAAGACCAUAAAGGUGCUCUGGAGGAUUUCCAAGCGGUGAUUGAGCAUAGUACUCCUCACCCACCCAGCUGUGUCCGUGCACUCUGUGGUAGGGGUAUCCUGCGUAUGAUGGCUGGCUCACACUACCUUACUGCUCUAGAUUACAUUACAGCAAGCCAAUUACAGCUGCAGGAUGCUUCUAUAACUGUUAGGUGCCUGGUGCCUUGGAAUUACCGUGGGUUGCUGUGCACCGUGUUGCUGGAACAGGGAAGAGUCAUGCUUGAGGGGACCGAAGAGCAAAGAGCUGAGACAAACCCUAGAGCUCAACAAGAGCAUGAGGAGGGUCACACCAACAACAAACAGAGGUCUGCUGUUGGUGUGCACGCUCUCGCUCUUCUCCUAAUGGAGUUACAACCUGGUGCCGAUGGACCCCAGAUUCUCACAGCAGAUGCUCUGUACCAGUUGGGUCGUGCUGAGGAGGCUUAUCGUCUUCUUCUGAACAUUGAGCACACAGCCCCACGGCCACCGAUUCUCGCACGCCUUGCAAUAUUGCAGCUGCAUCGAGGCUUCCUUUAUGAUGCCUAUCAGCUACUGAAGAAGCUGAUCAAUUCAGGAGACACUAGCUGUUUGCGGCCCCUUCUAUCUGUAACAUCUUUACAAGACCUAGCCCUUCUAGAAAAACACUGUCACACUGCUUCCAAGCGUAUACUGUGUGGCCAACAAGCAGAAAGUGCAAUAAGGGAAGCUGUGGCCUAUUUGUCCAUUGCCAUUAUGGCUUCAGGUGGUGGAGCAAUAGAUUCCCUGCUGGAGAGAGCAAGAUGUUAUGCUCUGCUGGGCCAAUGGAAGACAGCUAUCUUUGACUUCACUGCAAUCCUUAAAGAGCACCCAGACCAUGUGCAGGCUUUGUGUGGAAGAGGAUUCACUUAUCUUAUGCUGAACCAGCAGAAGGAAUGCACACUAGACAUACUGGUUGCCCUUCAGUGUGGAGCUGAGGAGGUCACUCAGAGCAUGCUGUCGCUUAAAGACAAAGCACAAAAACUCGUCAGUGAAUGGUUGGGUCAGCACUGUCGCAGUAGCCUGUCAGAGACUCUGUCAGCCAACCCUGUACCCUGCAGCGAGGAGCUCCUUCGAGAGGCCUUUUUGAUUAGUGGAGCACUAAUGAACACUGACUGCAGGGAACCCAGGUGGCACCUCCUGUACAUAGAUACACUACUUGCCAAAGGGGAGGUGAAUGCUGCAGGUGCACACCUGAAGCAAGUGUUUGGUCAAGAGCCUCGAGAUGCUGCAGCUAAGGCCAGGUGGGGUGUUGUGAAGGCCUGGCAGCAGAACUACAAAGUGGCAGCCAACUAUCUGAGUGUGGUGGCUCAGAAAGAACCAGCAACUCUAGACUUCCUGAUCACUCUUCUGCAGUCGGCUCAAAGAAAACGCCUGGCACAGGCAGCUUCUCAGCAGGCCAGCAUUGUUUCUGAAAGUGGUCAGUGGGAGCAGGCUUUAGCUCUCCUUACUCUAGCAGUGCGAGCGGUCAAUGAGAUGAAGCUUCAGUACCUCAGGCAGCGUGCAGCCUGUCUGGCCCACCUAGGGCUCCACGAGAAGGCGGUGUCUGAUCUAAAUAAGGUCAUCCAGGGCCACAGUGCAGAUGGCAGAGAGGAGCAAAGGGUUUGGGCAGAGGACCAUUGCCGCAGAGGCCAUAGUUUGUUGUUGUGCUCCCAUGAAGAGUCUGGGUUACAGGACUUUUCUCAAGCCCUGGACCUGCACGAGGAACAGGCUCUGCUGUGUGUAGAUGCUGGUCUGGGAACACAGCGCCUUGCCAAAAUUUUUCUGCGCUUUGCCCUGCAGAACUAUGGGCAACAGAAACUCGACAAAGCUUGGCUUAUGACAGAGACCGGGCUUAAAGUGGACAGCGGCCAUGUAGAACUGCGCAGACUGAGGGCUAGAAUAAAACGAGAAGUCUCUGGUCCAUGUACUGUACACUAGAGAUGAAACAUACAUGAUAUUAGAUGAUGACAAAAUGGUUUAUGUUUUUAUAGUUUAUAUUUAUGGUUAAUCAGGCAAACAUAAUGGCAAGAAUUUCUGUUUAUAAAUUUGCUAAUAUUUCUGUAAGUUAUUGUGUUGCACAAGUGUCUUACAAUUGAUAUUUAUGUAAUAGUAAUUUUUUAUUGCUUUUUUUGUUAUGUAUAAUAAGUUUUGUCAAAUUUAACAUUUGAAGUAUAGUCUUGUUUGACAUGUACACUACUGUUCAAAUGGGGUCAGUAAGUUUGUUUAGUUUAGUUUAGUUUUACCAAUGUUUUCAACACUGAUAUUAAUAAGACAUGUUUCCUUAGCACCAAAACAGCAUAUUAUAGUGAUUUCUGAAGGAUCAUGUGACACUUAAGACUGGAGUUAUGACGGCUGAAAAUUCAGCUUUGCCAUCACAGGAAUUCAUUUUAAAAUAUAUUAAAAUAGAAAAUGACUAUAUAAUAUUACUGUUUUACUGUAUUUGUUUAAAAAAUAUUUGCAGGCUUGGUGAGCAUAAGAAACUUAUUUCACAAAUAUGAAAAAUGAUCCUGAAAUUUUGAAUGGUAGUGUAUGUUUAGAUAUUUUAGUUUUGUUUGUAAAAUGUUUCUCUUUGAAUUUACAUGCAAUUAUGCUACUUAACAACUAUGAAGUUGUUGUUGUCAUAAAUUAUAUAAUCUUGUUAAGAUUGUAGUAUAGUUAUUAAUUAUACGAAUGUUCCAUAAUAUAAGACAUGAAAGAAAUUGUCAUAAUUGAAAGUGUUUGAAAAUCAUUUAUUUGUUCUUGUUGAAGUCUUUGUUUUGUUUAUUGAAACAAAAUUAUGUCCAGAAACGACUCUGCAAGACAAUUAACCCAUUCAUGGUCAUGGUAAACCCUUCUUCUGUUAGACACAGGUAAUAAAUCUAGAUACAUUUAAAAAGUGUACAAUGCAAGCAUAAUGAUAUAAAGUGCACAUAAUAUACACGACUGUUCAAAGGUUUGGGGUCAGUAAGAUUUUUUUUAUGUUUUUGAAAGAAGUCUCACCAAUGCUGCAUUUAUUUGAUCUAAAAUACAGUAAAAACAGAAAUAUUGUGAAAUUGUAUAAAGUAAAUGUUUACUAUUUUAAUAUAUUUUAAAAAUGCAUUCCUGUGAUAGCAAAGCUGAUUUUUUAACAGCCAUUACUCCAGCCUUAAGUGUAAAAAUUUCACAUUAUUAUCAAUGUUGAAAAAAGUUGUAUUGAUUAAUCUUUUUGUGAAAACCAUGAUACAUUUUCUCCCAGGAUACUUUGACAAAUAAAAUAAAUAAAUAUACAUUUAUGAUAUAUCUAACAGUGUAAUGUCAUCUCCAUUGGAAACUAGUUGUGCUUAGUGGGUCAGGAUCUUCAGAGAGAGGACACUUUGGAGGAUAUUUUGUAAUAUUGUUCAGUAGACUGAUAGGCUGCUGAAAAAGCUUCAGUCUUGUUGUUUUUGUUAGGAUGUUCAUAAGACUUCUCAGUCCUCAAAGACCACUCAAGUUAAGUAAUUGUCACUUUCUUUCUUGUGCUUCUCAGAAAAGAAUCCACACCACAACAGUCUGUCAUCUCUGUACAUUUUCUAGAACGAUGAGCCGUCCGUCAUCUUAUUGUCAGCAAGCUUUAUAAUGUGGCUGCAAAGGUGACACUUGUGGGCGAGUUGUGAAAAUUUGAGAGCUGAAAAAAAACCCAAUGUUUGUUAGGGCGUACAAA